ACGUACGAAUGUAUUAGUUAUACUAGUGCUGAUCCGGCACCGUGCCUUUGUCGAUCGUUCAUCAUAUUAUAUGAGACGAUAUGUUUUCAUGAUAAUAGCUAAAACCAUCUUCACGUUCAUAACUAUAACACUAGCAAUAUGUAAUAAAAAGGUGGAUGGAUAUGAUAAAUGUGUGGCAUUUACAUAAAACGUUAAACGUGUAAGGAUACAGUAUGGAUACAUUUAAAGUAGUUUUCGGUCUCUUACGGGUCCGAAAUAAUGGUUUAAGAUGAAAUGUUGAUGGAUUUAUGCAGCAUUAAUCUGAACACCACUCAUCAUUAGUGUUUUUGCAAUAAAUGGCCUCCCCCGUGUGGUGUCGUUCUUAAAUUGAUUAGGAGCAGGGCCUCUAAUUGAUCACGACUGACUCAUCUAUCAUUUUAUUCUAUUACAGACGGCAAUCUGGUGAUAAUAAUGCGUCUUUAAAGGAAUAUUAAAUAAUUCUUCCGUGUGUCUUUUAAAACGGAAAUAAGUUAAUUAGAGUGAAGACUUGUUACCUAAUAUAUAUAAUUAAAGGCAACGAUUGCACGUUAUGCAAAGAAACAUGUAUUAGCCGGGAGAAUAAGAGAUAAAUAGUGAAAGUGGUUAAACGAGGGAGAAGGAAAUGAUUUCGGAUAAAAUAUAUUUUUCAUGACAAUGUGUGAACAGCCACAAAUGAAAGGAUGACCGUAUUUGUCUCAAGAUUAAACCUUAACUUAUGUAUCUUUGCAUUUAACCGAAUUUACCCGUGUGUUCAGCACCGACUAUGGAAUCCCCGGAUCUACCUCUAGUUAACGGAAACUGGCAGUACCCUUCAUACGUUAGCACAGAUAACGUGAGCACACAAAACCUUAUCAUGCCUGGAGGAAAACGAGAAAGCGUUUUGGACACCAAGAAUCUUGGUUAUCGUCUGCGCGUCCGCAAAGAGUUGAUCGGACGUCGGACAAGAGUAUCCGAUAUGGCAUUCGUGUUAGCCAUAUUGGGAAUAAUUAUAACUAUCAUAGACACGGAAUGUCAGUUUGCACAAGCCUACAAUUCCUUUAAACCGAUUUCCGUAUACCUUCGGGUGAUUACGACAAUUACCACACUAGGUCUUCUUGUAACUAUAAUAAUGUAUCACUUGAUUGGGAUAAAACUCAGGCUAAUAAGUCAGGGAUUAAGUAACUGGAAACUUGUUACUGACUGGAAAGACUUGGUUAAACUUAUAACUGAGCUGAUUGUUUGUGCCAUCCAUCCUAUGCCAUUUACAACUGCUGCUGCACUGCCGAUGUACGUAUCAAGUGUAUCAAGUGACGAACUCCAUGCUUUUACCGUUGAAAUGUUCCCCUUGAAUUCUAUAUUUACGAUCUUGAUGUUCAUGAGAGUGUACUUGCUGAUGAGAUUUCUGGUAGUCCAUAGCGCAUUGUUUUGUGAUACUACUGUGCAAAGUUUAGGCGCCAUGAGUAAUGUAAACAUUAACGCCCAGUUUGUCUUCAAGGCCCUCAUGAGCAUAUACCCAGGUACCUGCCUAGUGUCUAUUAUGUGCAUAGUUCUUCUGGUAAACAGUUACUCAGUUCGUAUGUGUGAGCAUUACACGUUAGACGAUCAUGCAGAAACAUUCUUUAUGCAAGCAAUAUGGAUGACAUGCGUUACUUUUCUGACACUCGGUUACGGAGACGUCGUUCCUAGAACCACAUGUGGGCGUGUUCUAGCAAUAUUUACGGGAAUGAUGGGUGUAGGACUUAUGGCGCUUUGUGUAGCAGUUUUAACAAGAAAGCUUGAGCAAACGAGAGGCGAAAAAUAUGUACACACAUUCGUUCAGCAAAUCAAAAUGGAUAAAAAAUAUAAAAAUGCAGCUGCUAAAGUUGUAACAGAAUUUUUGACAAUUUGUCGUCUGCGUAGAAGAAACGUCGAUGCUGCAGACGAUAGGUAUAUAAUACAUAAACGCCGUUUGAUUCACGCUGUAAGAAGUAUGAACCAUGCAAGGUACUUGCGUAUGCAGGUUGGUGAGUCACUUACCGGACCAGUUGAGAUAAAUAAAAACGUAACUGAAAUUUAUGAUAUGGUCGAAACAGUGCGUGAUGACCAGGACACUCUAAAGUCUCGUAUAACAGGAAUGGAAGACCUUAUGUGUUCUAUGCACGAGCAAUUAAAGGAAAUUAAAACAAUGAUGACAAAAAGUUCUCAAGGUUCAAUAAGUAGGCCGACAACGCCUGUGAGUUCGCCAAGGACAUCCGUUGUUUCCUCGGCUGAAGAAUCAAAGAGUUAAUGCAAAUUAUCACAAGUUAUUAUGAUGAACUAGACUUAAUAAAUAACGGAAUGCAGAAAAAAAACAUCUGCCAAUUCCCCCUAAAAAUUGCAGAAUCGAGAGAAGUAGGUCGCGCUCUCAAUAAAAAGGAGAUUAUAUGGAUCCAUUUGCGAAAUUAUAAUUACAUAUUAUUCUGCAGGAGGCAUCUUAACAGGGGUUAUUCUUCGCAGUUUUACUUUAUAAAUAUCAUGGCUCUUAUGGUUACAUUCUCUCUAUGCAAUGAAUGUUUUAGUAUUCCUUAAUUAUAGGUUGGGUUUGAUUUAUAAUAAAAAAAUAUAUGAUGAUUAAAGAUGAAAACCUAAAAAUGAACAUAUACUUUUACUAAAUGAUUGUCAAAGAAGAAAAGUUAUCCCUCGGAAGCAUUAAUAUUUUACAUUUAUCCGAACCUCUUAAUUCGUAUUUGAAUCGGAUUUUAACAGAAAAAGGCAAAACUAAAUUUUGAAGUUUUUUACGAUUUUUUUCGGAUGUUUGAUGCAUGCGAUGAAAAUAAAUGUCAUAAUGACAAGCAUGUAAAAUAAGUGUGCUUAAGUCCUGUAAGAAAAUGAAAACGACAUGAUACAGCAAGUUCAGUUAUAAAAAUGAAGUAUGUUGUUUCAUCCCAUUAAAUUUUCUCUACGAGUAUUUUGUUUGUUAUGCUAAAGGGCAUACCUAUGAAAUGAAAGCAGUAAAUGAUAUAGGAUUGGUACAUCUCUCGUGGUUCUUAAAAUGGCAAUAGUAGUAAACAUGUAUCAAAUACUUUACUUAUCCAACCCUUUUGUGGCUGAGGGGUUGCCGUUAAGGGAUGAGGCAUUAGAGUUACAGCCACCGUUUAUCCCUGCAUUAUCGUAAGAAGCGACUAAAUUAACUCGAAUUUUACUCGAGUAAAUGCAUCUCUUAGCUUCAGCAAAUGAGGUGGUUUUGACCCCUGGUGUUGCUUUAAGUAUGUAACAUCCGAGGUAAGCCACGACAAUAUUUUCUGUUUCGCAACCAUAUGACCUUAUUUGUGUUGGUGCGCCGUUAAUUCGAACAAAACUAACAUUUAUCCAAAACUUGCAAAAUAACUUAAUACGUACAAUUAAGUAUGUUUUGAAUAGUGCUUCACCGUAAUUUCAGUUACAAAAAUCAAUAUGACUGUUAAACAAAAACACGUGUUUGCAAGUUAUGUACUUAAGAUGUUACUGUACAAAAGUGCCGAUUUCUUUUGUGAGCUUCUUUGGUCACGGGGUGAUCCGAUCAAUUGACAAUAAUUUACUUAAGUUUAAUUGAUCAACCGGUAUUUCAGUAUUUUAAAGUUAUUUUUGAUUGUGAGUUAGAAUGUUAGAAAACACUAACCUUAGAUUUUUCCUUUUUUCUGUUCCGUAUAUCUUGAACAUUCCAUGUUUUCCAGCGUGAAAGCUCAUUAUUAAUUAUAUAGAUAUUUUUUAUUUAUUUUAACAUAUCAGAUGAACUUCAUUUUGCAACAUUAAUGGGAUUUUAGCUUUGAUUUAAAUGACAGGCAAAUCUUUUAUUAAAAUUCUCUAAAUCCGAAUGAGUGUGAUCUGGUAUGUAGGGUUGGUUGUAUAUAUAAAUUAAACACGAAGAGGUAUUUACUUAAAGUACCGGACUUUAGAUUUCAUUAAUUGUCUUUCAUGUAGCAUUGUUUUCAAAACAGUGAAAACAAAGCCCACUUCAGUAAAACACAAGUCCUACAUCAUGACACAGUUGCCGAAGGUAUCCAGCAUUAAAGACUAUGAAUUAAUCCAUUCGUCAUUUUUUCUGUAUAUCCUUAUGAUAAGUGAAAAUCAACUAUCUAUAUAUAAGUCAAUCUUAUAUCUGACAAAAAUACUAUUUCUUUCGACGCUUCAUUUAUAAAGACACUGUUUACUAUUGUGAUUAAGCAGCGAUUUUUAUUCAUUGCACCACGGAUGAAAUGGACUAUUUUUGCCACCUUUCGUAUCACUUUUUAUUAUUUAUAAAGCGUCCGUUAGACACAACUUCUCGAUGAGAGUUAUCACAUCGACGCAUAUUUAACGUUAUCUUAUCUUCCUACAAUGACACUUGUUAUUUGAUUGAGACAAUACACUGGUGAAUGUGAAUAUGUUUCCCUAUUGAAUUUGUGAUUUGAUGAGAUAUUUACUUUUUAUUGUCUAUUGUAAUUAUACUUAUUAAUUUCGAAAUUUUCGAUCACGUUCGAUUUCUAUAUGUAAUAUUUUUCAAUUUAUGUGCACUACCGCAUUCUUUCGAAAAGUUAUUGUAUAUAGAUAUACAUGUUAUUAGUGAAUUGAUAAACUAUUCUUUGUUUAUUUCAUAUAAAACGAGGGUAUGAGAGUAACUGCAAUUAGUGUAUGUAUUAUGUUAUGAUAUUCAUAUUAAACAAUAAAGUUGGAUUAUUUAUGCAGAAACAAAACAAACAAUCUGACUUUUUAAUUAUCAUAUUUCUACUAAGGCAAGUCUGCAGUUUAAAGAAUUAUCUUUUUCAGUGAUUUUUCAAACGAAACAUAGAAAAAUGGGUGGAACCACUUUAAACCGGUUCCUAUCGGUGUAUUACACUCAACGAUUGGAUUUUGAAAAAUAAACUUUUUUGCUUUCUUAAACAAAUAAAUGUAUGUUGACUUUUAGAAUGGAACAUUUGUAAUUGUUUUACAGUAAGACUACCAUUCAACUUAGUAUUAUUUUAAACAAUAUAAAUACCAGAUUAUAAUAAAAAGAUAUUCGAUAAUAAAUUGUUUACAUUGUAUUCGUUUAUAAAUUAUAUUAGCUGAUUAUUAGUUUACAAAUUAUUCGAUGAUAAUUAAUUUACCAUAAACUCGUUGUUUAUCUUAUAUUAGAUUAUAAAUUUUUAUUUAACAUUUGAUGACAAUUAAUUUUAAAAAUAAUUUGAUUAUAUUUUUUCCAUAUAUGAGAUAAGAAUUCAUCAAAUUAUCGUAGUAGUUUACAAGAUGUUCGAAGAUAAAUAAUUUAUGAGAUAUUCUAUGAUAAUUUGCAAUUGCUUAUCUUAUAGUUGAUAAAAAGUUUUUUAAAGGUUCAAUGCUAGUUUACUUUCUAUAUGAUGAUAAAUUGUUUACCUUUUAUUUAAAAUUAAUUGUUUACAUUAUAUAUUUGAUAAUAAGUUAUUUAAUAAGUAGUUGAUAACAAAUAGUUUACUAAAUAUUUGAUGUUAAUCACUUUACUAGAUAUUUUGUAAGAAAUUGUUUUCCUGAUAUUUGUUGAAAUUAAACUUACUAAAUACUUGAAAGAAAAUAGUUUACUAUAUACAUUAGAUAUUCUAUUGUAAAUAGUUUGAAAGAUAUUCGUUGACAAAUUGUUUACAAUAGAGUUGUUCAUGGAGAUACUUAAUUAUAAAUUGUUUACGUGAUAUUUGAUAAUUAAUAAUUUACCUUAAUUUUGAUGUUAAAAUACACGAUUUCAUGGAAAAUCGAUUACCAUUUGUAUAUCUUACAUUACAUAUAUUUACUAAGUAAAUAUCAGAUAACACAAGUUUACUAGACAUUCGAUAUUGAAUUAUUCAUUGAUUUUUCGAUGAUGAAAAGUUUACAGUUGAUCAAAAAUAGAUGAAAAAAAUCAACGACAAAUACUUUUCUAAAUAUCCAAUAAUAAUAAGUUUCGCUAUACCUUUCAGAAAAAUGAAUAUAUCUAUCUUUUAUGUUAUGAAGAGACAACUUGGGAAUUCCUUCGUUAUAGAAUGAACGUUAUUAUCAUAUUAUGUUGAUAUAUUUACUUUUCCAUUUUGAUGAUGUUUCUCCUUUUGUGUCCAAUUGUGAUACUUUCUGUUCAUUGUUGACAUUACCGGUCAUGUAUGUAGUGUGAGUGAACUUCAUGCAGGUUUCUGUAUGGAUGGAUGUUAGAUGUGGUACCAUAUGACUUUCAUUAUUUAUAUGACUUUACGUUAUAUAAUGUAUAUAUGUGUAACUUCUUUAACACUCAUUUUGUUGUUAUAACAGUUGUUUUUGUGUUAUAUUUAAAUAAACCCACAGCAAAUAUUCACAUA